GAUGGCCUCCAAGCCGAAGGAACGCAGAAGGAUCCCGGUUUCCCACAAAGUGAUCGAAAAAAGGAGGCGGGAUCGGAUCAACCGGUGUCUUAAUGAACUCGGGAAGAUGGUGCCAAUGGCGUUGGCUAAACAGAGUUCCGGCAAGCUAGAGAAGGCUGAGAUCCUUGAAAUGACCGUCCAGUACCUGAGAGCCCUUCACUCUGCCGAUUUCCCUCGCGGGAGAGAAAAGGAACUACUAGCUGAAUUUGCCAACUACUUUCACUACGGCUACCACGAAUGCAUGAAGAAUCUCGUUUACUACCUGACCACAGUCGAACGAAUGGAGACCAAAGACACCAAGUACGCACGAAUCCUGGCUUUCUUGCAGUCCAAAGCUCAUCUUGCCACAGAACCCAUCUUUACCUCCCUGGGAUCUCUCCCAGAGCCAGACUUCUCCUACCCGCUUCCACCAGCACUAGACUGCUUGGGGCACAGUCCCAAUGACUCUGUUUUCCAACAAGGCUCUGGGCAAGGGCCCUUCUCCUGGCACAGCUCUGCAAGGAGCCCCCCUGUCCCUUACAUUCCUAAUGCUGCGAUGCCCCUUUCUGGCCCUGGACAGCAGCGCAGCGCAUUCCUGUCAUCAGUGCAAGGUCUGGACCGCCACUACCUCAACUUGAUGGGCCAUCCCCACCCGAAUGCAUUCACCCUGCCUGCCAGCCAGCACCCAUCUGUGCUAUAGCCUGCAUCUGGGAUUGUCAACUUGUUAUCCAAAGAGGGUCCCUGUGCCUUUAAUAGCUGCACAGAGAAGUAUAUGGCUUUUGCCUUCCU